AUGGCCCCCGUCCUUCGCGUAGCCGUCACACAGGCCGAGCCCGAGUGGCUUGACUUGGCCGGCACUGUCAAGAAGACGUGCGAUCUUAUCACCGAAGCUGCAGGCAAUGGCGCCAGAUUGAUUGCUUUCCCCGAAUGCUGGAUCACCGGCUACCCGGGCUGGAUCUGGGCCCGCCCCGUCGACUUCGAGCUGACGACCAAAUACAUCUACAACUCGCUUGCGCUCGACUCGCCCGAGAUGGAGCAGAUCAAGGCGGUGGCCAAGCGUCACUCGAUCGCGGUGGUGCUCGGCUUCUCUGAGCGGGCGUCGACGCACAGCCUGUACAUCUCGCAGGCCAUCAUCUCGCCGGCGGGCGAGGUGGUCAUGACGCGGCGCAAGAUCAAGCCGACGCACGUCGAGCGCGCGACCUUCGGCGACGGCUCCGGCGCCGACCUGGAGAACGUCGUCGAGCUCGACUUUGGCGGCGACGUCGGCCGCGUCAAGGUCGGCGCCCUCGCGUGCUGGGAGCACACGCAGCCGCUGCUCAAGUACCACUCGUACGCCCACGGCGAGGUCAUCCACAUCGCCGCCUGGCCCCCGAUCGACCCCCACCCGGGCGUCGACCACCCGGGCCUGUGGAGCAUGAGCGCCGAGGGCUGCCAGAACCUGAGCCAGACGUACGCGGUUGAGGGUGGUGGAUACGUGCUGCACUGCACGGGCGUGUGCACGGAGAAGGGGAUGAACAUUAUGGGUACGCAGAAGGGCCUGUUGUUCCACACCCCCGGUGGCGGGCACAGCUGCGUUGUUGGACCGGACGGCAGGAGAUUGACGCAGCCUCUUAACGGCGGCGAUCCGGCCACUGAGGGAAUUGUCUAUGCGGACCUGGACUUGACCAAGGUCGUGGCCAACAGGUCCUUCCUGGACAACAUCGGCCACUACAGCAGGCCGGAUCUCCUGUGGCUGGGCGUCGACAGGAAGCAGAAGUGCCAUGUCAUCCCGAGACACGAGGAGGAGCCGUCGAAGAAGACUCUGGUCACCAGCACCAAGCCGGAGUAG